CUGUCAGUAAGCCUCAAGGUUCAGUCUGUUAGUCUGAGCAGAGAUUGGUCAGGUUGAUGGGAGUGCGCGUGGAUGUUGGCGGAACUCAGCAUUAGAAGCGUGUCUCUGGUGUCUCAGUAUGAAGUGAAUGCGGGGUUAGAUCCCACUAAUCCCCCGUUAACAGAUUAAUUAUCUUUGGGCAAUAUCGUGUCACCGUCGUGUUGUGAGGUUGCUUGGGCAUUAAGCUACAAAGGGCUACAAUGCAACGAUAAAGAGUCCCUCAGGGGUGUCUCCUCAAUCUCAAUCCCUCGCGCUCUCUCAUGCAUGCUCUCUCUCACUAACUCUCGCUCACUCCUCUCACAGCUCCUCUCACAUCCAUCAACACAAGCACCUCUCCACUGUCACCAGACAAGCGUACAAUUAUUGGCUAUUUAAUAUUUCAAUAACUGCAAGAAUUACUGGCUUAUUUCUCCCUCCUUUCCUUUGUUUCCCCGCCCCUCAUGUUUACAUAUUUUUGCCAUGUCUCCAAACCAUUUUUUCAGGAUGAUGUUUUUUCAAGAGCAUCAAGCACUGAUGGCCGGCAGUAUACCUCUUUGAUUGGGUAAAUAUUUCACGGACACAGGCAAAGAGAAGAGGCAGAAGGAGAAAGAAACCUCCCAGCACAACCAACAGAGGGUGGAGGAGGGGACCAGUGACAGUAGAAAAUGGCUGCCAUGACAACGGUGCCCAGCUAUACCCCUUCACUGUGGGUGAAAGUGUGUCACGCCCUCCCCCGGCUGGACUUCACCAUGCAGAUGAGGGACAACAUCUUUGUGCCUGAUAGCUGGGAGUACCAGCAGACUCUGCUGGUUUUGUCCAGUUUAUCAGCCAUCGCUCUUGUUGUCUCCCUCUUGGUGAUUCUGUCUUUCCUCAUACACUACUGCUGCUGUCACCGCGGUGACCGGACCGAGGGAUCAGAGGAGGAGGAGGAGGAUGAAGAUGGCAGCACAGGUCACGGUUAUGGUGGAAAGAAGGGGCGGGGAAUCUGCUGUGUCACAUGGGUGGCUGUAGCGGCAGUCAUGCUGUGCUGUGUUGCCAUAGGCAUCGGUUUCUAUGGCAACAGCGAGACUAAUGAUGGGAUGUAUCAGUUGACCUCGUCUCUUCUCACAGCCAAUUAUACGCUAGCUUCCAUCGAUCUGCUGAUUUCAGACACAAUUACUGGACUGCAGCUGUCGAUCUCUGGCCCACUGACCACAAUGGAAGAACUCUUUACUGGCAGUAAACCCUUCCUGGUGUCUAUGCGGAACUGUCGGAGGUUGUCUGAGAAUGUGAUCAACCUUCUAUCCUCCGUCUCCCUGGCUCAGUCCCAUGUUGACAUAGCUUUGGGCAAUGACAGCACUGUCAGCGGGGUGUCCAUUGUACCCUUAACUCCAGUACCACCCUCUGUGGCUCCUACAGUGGUGCCUAUCAGCAGCCUGAUGCCCAGCCCCUUCUCCCCUGGCUGGGCGGCCAACAUGCUGAUGGUCAAUGAGGACUACAGGUGGCUGUCAUAUGUGUUGUUGCUGCUGCUUGACCUUAUAGUGUGUCUUUUCAUUCUGCUGGGACUGGCCAAACAAGCCCGCUGGUUGCUCAUUCUGAUGACCAUGCUGGCAUGGCUGGCACUGUUUCUAAGCUGGGGCUCUCUGGGCUUGGAGACAGCCACUGUAGUGGCUCUCAGUGACUUCUGCUCAGAUCCAAACAUGUUUGUCCUCAACUCCACCAACUUCAACAGCGGGACCAGCUCAGAUGUGUUGGAUUAUUACCUGACCUGCAGCAAGCGCAUGACCAGUCCAUUCCAGCAGCUGCUGACCCAGUCGCAGAGGGCGCUGUCAAACAUUCACACACACCUCUCCAGUCUGGAAAGAAAUGCUCUCCCACAGUUCCCCAGAGCUGAAAAAUCACUCAGGGAGGUUCAACAGAUACUUAACUCCACAGAAGGAAACUUUCAUCAGUUGGUGGCACUACUGAACUGCCGGGGCCUGAAUAAGGACUACAUUGACUCAUUGAAAGGCCUGUGCUAUGAUGGGAUGGAGGGAUUGCUCUACCUUUCCCUGUACUCUUUCCUCUCUGCUCUGGCCUUCACUGCUAUCCUCUGCUCUCUGCCUGGUGCCUGGAGGAGCUUCCCCAGUGAAUCAGACGAGUAUGAAGACUCGGACAGCGAGAGUGAGGACCCCUUCACCUCCCAUCAGGCACGUAGACAGACGGCCCCGGGGUCUCAGCGAGGGGCCAUGGCCCCCUUCUAUAAUUACCCAGGGGCCGGGUGGACACCCCCAUUUUCAAGCGCGCCACCCCUCCCGACUCCAAACGUUUCCUCCAAUGGCAACCCUGGCUAUGAGAGCCUACCCUUGACUGACAGGCAGUCCCCUCCCCCCUCUUACUCUCCCAGCAUGCUGACCGGUUAUGGGGGAAGUCAAUCACGCCCCAACCCCACCCAUUUGAGGAACCUGUAUUCACGUUGAUCUUUUUUUUUUUUUUGUUAUAAAAUGUAUAGAAAAAAAGUGUUUAGUUUUCAUAUGAAUGGACACUUUACUGAAAUGAAAACGUAACUAAUCAAAAUAAAAUGAAUGCUAAAUGUGAAUUCAAAGUGCGUAAUGUCAGUACCACUGAAUAUUAUUAUUAGAAGCACUUAAAAGUGACAGAUCUAAAUGGACUGUUGAAAUCCCCGACAGUGACGAUGUUGAUAGGGAUGGUUGUGCAAAGAUAUAAGCCAAGUCCACUUGGUCUAUCUUCUUUCCCCUUUUCUGUCCAAACUUUGUGUGAUCUGUGAACAGUGGUGAGGCAAGUCAGAAUGAUAUUGACGUUACUACAUUGUAGUUUUAUAUUCUUAAAUGUAUCAGUACCACCGAUUUAUUUUCAAGUUUUUCUAUAAAAAAUUGUUGUAGAAAAGCACAGGCACGUAGCAACAAAGCACAUUUUUUUCUGUGAAUGGUAAUGCAGUCCCCUUACUUGGUAUAUAUAUUUUUUUAUUAUUACUUUUUAUAGGUGGCAAUUCUGUAUUUUCCUUGUAUUACCUUAUGCUAUUCGAUAUAUCUUAUUGUCUAUAUUAUCUGAAUAAUCAUAAACCUUUGCUCUUAAAAAAAAUUGUUUGAGGGCUACGAAGACCCUGUUUUGACUGAAUUAAGAACUACAAAGGCCACUCAGGUCUUGAGAGUAGAGAACUACAAAUCCCUUGCAAUGACAGCAGGUACAUAGCAAUAUGACUCUUGCUACUGGUGCUGCAGUAGCCCUACCGUAACUAGCAAUAACUAUGUAUAGAUUUGAGCUUCUGAGCUCUCGCCAAGAUGUUUUGUGUAUAUAUGGUACGGUCUGUUGGACAGUGAAUCCCCCUUCUUUCCCGACCUACCUUGUUAACCCUUGAAAUGAGUUUGUAUGGUUAUCAAUGCUCCUUUUGAAUGGCAUCCUUUUACACUUGAGAGUCUAAUAUAAAUAAAAAUAACUUCAGUAA